CAAUGGGAGAGGGUUUCACGAUGGAGUGGAUCUGAUCACCGCACAAUCCACGAGGACUUUGUGGGUGUUUGAUGGUUUAAUCUUCUCUCUUUUCUGCAAUGGGAAACGUUUUCACGAUGGAGUGGAUUUGAUCACUGCACAAUCCAGGAGGACUUUAACUUGAGUAGCUGUGAUCGUCUGCAAGAGGGGACUCCUAAGUGAAGUUUGAGAUAAACAGAGUUGCCGACCUGGAGAACGUUGCCUGGAGUUUAUCAGCACUAGAUACCAGAUUGGAGAGAGGACUUGUUUAGAGUGCUGCUGAAAUAGAUAUUGUUGUCGGCGGGCUUCAGGUUGGAAACUAUAGCACCAUGGCUGGGGUCACUAGGAAGGGGUCUGGGAGACCCUCGUACUACUACAGAUUCCUGGGCAAGUCCCGACUGCAGCGUCAGCGAAGCCGGUCCCGCAGCCGCACCAGGCCGCCUGCCAGCAGGGAGUCUCCUCCGGAGAGGACAGGACGCCGACGCAGCAUGCCAGGCAGCUCCUCAGACAAGAACACACCCACUAUGGAGGCUGCGUCCACUGCUACCACACCUUUCAGAGUCACCGGCUUUCUAAGUCGCCGUCUGAAGGGUUCGAUAAAACGCACCAAGAGUCAACCCAAACUUGACCGCAACUCCAGCUUCAGGCACAUCCUUCCCGGCUUCAGGAGCGUCGACAAUGACAGAUCUCAUCUGAUGCCAAGGCUGAAGGAGUCUCGCUCCCAUGAGUCAUUGCUCAGCCCCAGUAGCGCUGUGGAAGCCCUGGACCUAAGUAUGGAGGACGAAGUUGUCAUCAAGCCCGUUCACAGCAGCAUCCUCGGGCAGGACUACUGCUUUGAGGUCACCACCUCCACGGGAAGCAAAUGUUUUUCCUGCCGUUCGUCAGCCGAGAGAGACAAGUGGAUGGAGAAUCUGAGGAGAGCAGUGCAACCCAACAAGGACAACAGUCGCCGGGUGGAGAACCUGCUGAGGCUCUGGAUCAUCGAGGCCAAGGACCUGCCGGCCAAAAAGAAAUACUUCUGCGAGCUCUGUCUGGACGACUCGCUCUACGCCCGCACCACCUGUAAACUCAAGACUGACAAUGUCUUUUGGGGAGAGCACUUUGAGUUUAACAACCUGCCUGCUGUCAAAAGCAUCACGGCCCACCUCUACAAAGACACGGACAAGAAGAAAAAGAAAGAUAAAAACAAUUACAUUGGACUUGUCAAUAUCCCCGUCGCGGCCGUUACCGGACGACAGUUCAUGGAGAAGUGGUAUCCCGUCAGCACGCCCAACCCUCCUAAGGGCAAGACAUCCGGGCCUAUGAUUAGGAUCAAGGCCCGCUAUCAGAGUAUGAACAUCCUUCCCAUGGAGAUGUACAAGGAGUUUGCAGAGUACACCACCAACAACUACAUGCUGCUCUGCUCGGUGCUUGAGCCCGGGAUUAGCGUCAAGAACAAGGAGGAGAUGGCGUGUGCGCUGGUCCACAUUCUACAGAGCACUGGCAAGGCAAAGGACUUCCUCACAGACCUGAUGAUGUCAGAGGUGGACCGUUGCGGGGAGAACGAGCACCUCAUCUUCAGAGAGAACACACUAGCCACAAAGGCCAUAGAGGAAUACCUCAAACUGGUGGGACAGAAGUACCUGCAGGACGCCCUGGGUGAGUUCAUUAAGGCUCUGUACGAGUCAGAUGAGAACUGUGAGGUGGAUCCAUCCAAGUGUUCCUCAGGCGACCUGCACGAACACCAGAGCAACCUGAAGAUGUGCUGUGAGCUGGCCUUCUGCAAAAUCAUCAACUCAUACUGUGUCUUUCCACGAGAACUGAAAGAGGUCUUUGCGUCAUGGCGACAGGAAUGCAGCAACCGGGGUCGACCGGACAUCAGCGAGCGUUUGAUCAGCGCGUCUUUGUUCCUGCGUUUUCUCUGUCCAGCCAUCAUGUCCCCCUCGCUUUUCAAUUUGAUGCAGGAGUAUCCGGAUGACCGCACGGCACGCACGCUCACGCUCAUCGCUAAAGUCACGCAAAACCUGGCAAACUUCACCAAAUUCGGUAACAAGGAAGAGUACAUGUCCUUCAUGAACCAGUUCCUGGAGCACGAGUGGACCAAUAUGCAGCGAUUCCUGCUCGAAAUCUCCAACCCAGAGACGAUCUCCAACACGGCAGGCUUCGAGGGGUACAUUGACCUCGGAAGGGAACUCUCCACCCUGCACUCCCUCCUUUCUGAGGUGGUGUCCCAGAUGGACCAGAGUGCUGCCUCCAAGCUGGGUCCUCUGCCCCGGAUCCUGCGGGAGGUGAACUCCGCUCUGUCUAACCCGUCCUGCGUCCUGAUGACACCGGGACAGUCCUCAGAGAGCAUGGGCUCGCCUCCCGCUGAGGCAGGCUGCAGCAUCUCCACCGGCCUGCAGAAGAUGGUCAUAGACAAUGACCUAUCAGGAUUAGUUGACUUCACCAGGUUACCCUCCCCUACCCCAGAAAAUAAGGACCUAUUCUUUGUGACAAGGAGUUCAGGGAUCCAGCCUUCCCCAGCACGCAGUUCAAGUUACUCUGAGACCAAUGAGCCUGACCUGGGCAUGGCCAAUGGCAGCAAGAGUCUCUCCAUGGUGGACCUCCAGGACCCCCGCAGUCUGGAAGGUGGCCCGGGCCCAAGCUCCUCAGACGCCCUCGGUGAAGGCCAAAUCUCUGGGGGAGGGUGGUCAGCCCGAGUCCCACAGGGAAAUAUCCCUGGAGGUCCUACUCUGAGGAGGCCAGGUCAGACCCCUACCACCCUGGGCACAGAAAGCACCCCAGGCCGACCCGCCCAGCUACUAGCCCCCCUGUCCUUCCAAAACCCGGUCUACCAGAUGGCGGCCUGCCUGCCCGUGUCCCCCCGCGGAAUGACCGACUCGGGCUCAGAGUGCCACAGUUCUGUCAGUUCCCAUAGCAACAACGAAGACGGACCAGCAGGGGGGAAGCACGCCUUCUUGAACCACGGUGGUGGAGGUGGAGGCGGAGGCGGAGGUGGAGGUGGCGGGAGCAGCGGGGACGAGUACACCAGGCGUUCGGGGGAGUUCAACCGCCGACAGCUGUCUCUCACAGAAACACAGCACCAGCCCACCGUCCCAAGACAGAACAGUGCCGGCCCACAGCGGAGAAUAGACCAACCUCCACCCCAGAGCGUUACCCGGGGCCGCACCCCCCCAAAUCUACUCAACAGUGGACCCUACCCCCGACCCUCCUCCGGCAACAUGAUGACAUCAUCACCUGACUGGCCUGGCAGCGGCGCGCGGUUACGACAGCAGUCCUCUUCCUCCAAAGGGGACAGUCCUGAGACCAAGCAGAGGGCUCAGCACAAACAGGCCCCCUCCCCAGUGAACCCCAGUGCGCUGGACCGCACAGCAGCCUGGCUAUUGAAUAUGAAUGUGCAGUUUUUAGACCAUGAGGGGAUGGAGCCCGAGUCACUGAGAAACAGAGAGGAUCUGACUCAGGUGGAGAAGUAUCAGCAGGAGAUCGCGGUGCUGCAGGAGAAGCUGCGGUCGUCGGUGCAGAAGCUGGAAGAGUACGAGGCCCGUCUGAAGGGUCAGGACGAACAAGCCCAGAAGGUGCUGAUGGAGUACCAGGCCAGGCUGGAGGAGUCGGAGGAGCGCCUGCGCAGACAGCAGGACGACAAGGACCUCCAGAUGAAGGGCAUCAUCAGCAGGUUAAUGUCGGUGGAAGAGGAGCUUAAGAAGGAUCACUCAGACAUGCAGGCCGUGGUAGACUCCAAACAGAAGAUCAUUGAUGCACAGGAGAAGCGCAUAGCCUCUUUGGAUGCAGCCAACGCCCGUCUGAUGAGCGCUCUGACCCAGCUGAAGGAGCGCUACAGCAUGCAGACCCGCAACGGCAUCUCCCCCACCAACCCCACCAAACUGCAGAUAACUGAAAACGGAGAGUUCAGAAACAGCAGCAAUUGUUAGACGGACUAGCGUCUGCCCCGGAGUGAUUGAGUGCCUGCGUGUGUACAGUUAUUCGGUGAGAGGACGUUCACAUGCAUGCAUGGCUGCAUGCCUGUUUGAAAGACUGCGAUGGGUGUGCGUGUGUUUUUAAAAGCCAACAUAGAACUUCUGGAAGACAUUUUCAACUUUUUUGGAAACCAAUGCAGGAGUGAGCGGGCCAACCAGAAGAGGCGGGACUUCAGCGUGACAGACAGAUCCCUAAGAGAACAAGAUCACCAGACGGCCUUCGUUACAAGGGAGACGGCCAGAGGAGGCGGGGCAGGGCUUGUGUAUAUAUGAAACUCAAAGCUGUCAAUCAGUCACACACUUUGCCAGUGGAUGUAUGCAGUGGCUGGGACAAUUCAAGAGCCUGCCUACGCCUGGGACAAACCACUAUUUAACCACACACAGUGACGACCGCCAGACACGGUCACCCCUAGCAACCCUCCUCUCCUCCUCUCUCACUUAAUUCUUCUCCCUCUUGACGACCAAGUGGACCCACUUAAACAACAAUAACCCGCAUUGAGGAUUAACACGCUAGUUGUCGUGAGAGGAUUACUUUGCUUUAUUUUAAAGUCAUUGUUUAUAAAGAACCAAAUAAGAGCUGAAGAAAAUAGAUAUUUUUUUCUCCCAAAUUAUCUUUAUGUCCCCUUACGA